CGCAAAAAAGGUGUGAAAAACAUAUGCGAAGCUACAGAACCUUCAAUUGGACGCUUAAGCAAGUCGUCUACCAACAAUUAAGAGAUAAACUAUUCCCAAGAUAAUUAAUCCUACUUUGGUAUGCACCAUGCAUAGACCUAGCUUUGGAUAUUUUGAAUAUUGCAAUGUAUCACGGAAUGCACAAAAUGAUCCGAGCGCUUCGUUUUAUAUAAAAAUCUUACAGUUGCCAGUCACCAGCUUUUCAGUGCAUAUUGAAGUUCAUUAUCUUUCAAAUGUGCGGCAACCUAUUGUGCCCUUAAACUCCACUUGGGAUUAUUGUCAGUUUCUGGCAAAUCGAAAACGUUUCAGAUCCUUUGAACGUGUGUACAAUCUCUUAGGCUACUACACCAAUGUCAAUCAUUCUUGUCCUUACAAUCAUGAUAUCAUUGGCAAAGACAUGUCAAUUGACACUCAAAAGGUACCCUUUCCCUUAUUACCUGGGGUAUAUGCGCUCAAAACCUUGUAUUAUGUCGACGGUGAAAAGACGCUUAGUAUUGAUGCCAGUGGCAAAGUGGUAUGAGUGGGCUCAGGGCAUAUACAUCUACAAUCUUGGAUUGCUUAAACAUAUUGGAUCUAAAUAACAAGGAUUAUCAAAGAAAUAUUCACCCAUAAGGGAUGAGGGAACCAUCAGCAGUAUUAAACAAUAAAUGGAAUAAUAAAUAUUUUAGUUUAAUUUUAUUCUGGUUA